AUGUCUUUCAAGUUUUUACGGGCUUCGUCAAGUGUGAUUGAAUGCCACGUUGUUCUUCUUGAUAACUCAGAAUUCGUCACUAUGUUUGACCAAGAAACGGUUGUGGGAGACGAGCUUUUCGAAAGAGUGUGCGAAAGACUUAAAGUCCCAUCGUAUGACAGGCAGUACUUUGGUUUACAGUACAUUGAUAACGAAGACGGAGAUGUCAACUGGCUAAAUCUGGAUAAAGAAAUCCGUCCACCCAGAAAAUCGAAUCCGUUGAUGUACCAGUUUGCAGUGAAAGUAUUUCCCUUUCUGGGAGAAGUCAACCUAGUCUUGUACGUUUUUGUCUAAGAAAACGUCAACUUUCCCGACUAGUUGUCUCCGUUCAAGUUGGACGGGCAUUCAUUUGUUGCGUCAAUCGACGGCUUCUUCGCGCAAGCGAUGCUCGGAGAUUUCAUCCCCAAGCAACACAAGGCGGGUUAUUUAGAGACUUUACUCGGAAUAUUCUAUUGUCCUCCAACCGGUAUAAACUGCGAUGGGGACAUCGACGAAGAAAAAUAUGAGCUUAUGGUGCGGGAUUUGCAUAGAUCUCACCGCGGGAUGACCCGAGAGAAAGCUGUGUCGUAUGCCCUUGAUAUCUGUAAAGAGUUACCCAACUAUGGUGCCUGUGUGUACUAUGGAGGGACUGAUCUUGACAGCGGGGAUGAGGUUGUUUUGUCCGUUUCUAUUCAAGGAAUACGCAUCUGCCAGCUAAAGAACAAAUUUCCUGAAGUCGGCGAAGUAUGUCACCAUUUCCAGUGGCGCGACGUUAUCUCCAUUCUUUGUGACGAUGCAAAGUUGUACGUGCACUUGGCAGAGGCAGCUAAUGGUAACGAAGAGGACACGUCGUGUCGCGCGUUCCGUUUCAAGAAAGGCUUGUAUAGUCACAAGGUCGCGCAUCGCUUUAAAAAGGACGCAGAAAAUCACCAGAACUUUUUCUUUGAAGAGAACCCUGAAAGAGCAAGGACCAUGAGAAGCCUUUCCGUGGAUGUGAAAUCCUUGAAAGGGAUUCGUAAUCUGCGUUCCGGAUCAGUAGGAUCAGGCCGUCAGUUUCUUGCGUCUAAAAUGACUCUUCCUUUCAAGAGACAAACAACGAAGAAGUAA